AUGUCUACGUCUACGUCUACGUCUACGUCUAUGUCUAUGCCUAUGUCUAUGUCUACGUCAACGUCUACGUCUACGAUUACGUCUACGAUUUCGUCUACAUCUACGUCUACGUCUACGUCUACGUCUACGUCUACGUCUACGUCUACGUCUACGUCUACGUCUACGUCUACGUCUACGUCUACGUCUACGUCUACGUCUACGUCUACGUCUACGUCUACGUCUACGUCUACGUCUACGUCUACGUCUACGUCUACGUCUACGUCUACGUCUACGUCUACGUCUACGUCUACGUCUACGUCUACGUCUACGUCUACGUCUACGUCUACGUCUACGUCUACGUCUACGUCUACGUCUACGUCUACGUCUACGUCUACGUCUACGUCUACGUCUACGUCUACGUCUACGUCUACGUCUACGUCUACGUCUACGUCUACGUCUACGUCUACUUACGUCUACGAUUUUGUCUACAUCUACGACUACGUUUACGACUACGAUUACCUCUACGACUUCGUCUACAUCUACGACUACAUCUACGUUUUCGACUACGUCUACAACUACGUUUACGUCUACGUAUACGUCUACGACUACGACUACGUCUACGGUUACAUCUACGUCUACGACUACGUCUACGACUACGUCUACGACUACGUCUACGUCUACAUCUACGACUACGUCUACGUCUACGUCUACGACUACGUCUACGUCUACGUCUACGACUUCGUUUACGACUACGACUACGUCUACGGUGACAUCUACGUCUACGACUACGUCUACGUUUACGACUACGUCUACGUCUACGGCUACGUCUACGGCUACAUCUACGUAUACGUUUACGAUUACGUCUACGUCUACGUCUACGGCUACAUCUACGUAUACGUUUACGAUUACGUCUACGUCUAUGGCUAA